AAGAAGAAAACAACCGCAGCACAAGCAAAAUACGCAACAUAAAUGAAGUUAACAAUCUGUCAAAUUGCUAAAUUAUUUCUGCUGUUGACAGCCUUCUUCUUUCUCAAUUCCCCCAACGUCACCUCGUCCACCUUCAUAUCACCCAACAACACCUUGGCCCACCUCAUCAACAGCAACAGCAGCAGCAACAGCAGCAGCAACAGCAGCAGCAACAGCAACAGCAACAGCAGCAUCUUGACGCCAGUUUUCUUGCCUGUCCAGCAGAACUCAACGCAAGCUGGCAGAGUGCCCAAGACAACUGCAAGAACGACAAUAACAACAGCAACAACACAGCAACAACAACAACAAGAACAACCAGCAGCCGCUGCAGCAUUGGCGGCUCAGCGUGUGGCAGUUCUAAUACCGUCAUCAUUGCACAUGGAUAUGAUGCAUGUGCAACAGGGUUUCCAGUAUUUUGUUGAGUUUUUUCAAGCGCAUUUAUCCAAUGCCAGCGUCGAUUUUCUACGUGAUGUCGAUUUAAGUGGCUUCAUUAAAUUACUUGAGCUACCCAAAUACACGAGCGUUGUAAAGACUUUAAAUGCGGGCAUUAAUGUGGACACUGACGUGGACUUCGAUGGCAAUGGAAAUGGCGUUGGCGAUGGCGAUGGCGAUGGCGAUGGCAAUGGCGUUGACCCAACAAAGCAGCCGCGUCAGCAACAAACCAAAAUGAAACAGUUGUCAGCAGACACUUUAUCAGCAUCCACACAGAUACCAAAGCAACAUCAAAAACAUCAAAAACAGCAACAGCAACAGCAACAACAAAAACAACAACAAGGACAAGAAGAACAACAGGAGUGGCAGGAGAAACACUCGGAUACGGCCAGCCUUGGGGACUGUCAUCAGCUGGCUGAGCAGCUUGCUCACGAUUAUAAUAAGAGCAUCGUCUUUUGGCCCUGUCCGCACAUGAAAAUCUCGAGCAAUUUUCUGCCAUCAUUCGAGGCAAUUUCCCUGGCCGUGCGGAGCAUCGCCAGCAAGUUAAAUUGGACGGAGGUUGACAUCUAUGUAGGCGACGACAAUUGGGGUCUACCACUGGCCAUUGCAUCCAAGUUGCAUUUACCGUAUCGCAUCGAAGUUGGCGACACAAUACGUGACCUGCAUGAGCAGGAUAAGCCGGGCAAAGCAAUUAUUAUUACGGCACCGUUUAACGAUGCCAGCACGCUGCGUUGGCUACGCAACUCCAAAUGGGCAAAGGAGCAAUCGCUGGCACAGCAGGAACAGCAGGAGCAGCAGGAACAGCAGCAUGCCAAAGUAUUGCUCAUCGACAUUGUGGCCAGUUCAUUGAAUGUCGAGCAUCGACUCUACAAAUAUUUGGCACACAUCAAUGCGGCCACUCGCAAGGGGCAUGGUAAUCGUAAUGGUAAUGGUUAUUGGCCUGGCAACAGUAGCAGCCAGCAACACUCGGGUCUGUUGACCAGCAAUCUGUUGGUGCUGACACUGCUAAGCGAUAAGCAUCGCCACUUGCUAAAUGCGGCCGGAAUUGAGAUGGGCAUGGUGCACAAUUUUCGCACACCAGCAGCAACGGACCAGCAACAGCAGCAACAGCAGCAGCAGGAUGUGGGGAGUGCUGAGCAGGCCCCAUUGGAGGCUCGUCAAAAUGCCAGCCUCGAUAAGCUGCUGCCCUUUAUGAAUCUGUUCUCGCUGUACGAUCUGUUGCUUUCGCACAUUGCCAGCGGGGGCAGCGGAGCAACGGGGACAGCCACACCCAAAUACGAUUUUGUUGUACUCGACAUUGUUGUGGAUGCUGCACUGGCCACAUACAAAUGGCGACCGUUGCUCAUACUCGAACAGCAUGGCAUCAAGGGUAUGGAUGGCCGGGGCAGUUAUAUAACGCACUCCAUUCAGCCCGGUUACGAUGAAUGGCUGCUGGUGAGCACCGUUCAAAUGUGGCAUUGUGGCGCCAUCUGCUGGACAAUUGCAGCCAUUUGCAUUGGCCUCCUGCUCAUCAUUGUGGUUGCCAGCGUCGCGGCUGGUGUUGCUGUCAGAAACUACUUUUUGCGCAAAAGACUCUCGAAGGGACCGAAUAAGAUUGUGCUCUCGGCCAGUGAUUUUGUGUUUCCCGUGGAUUCGCGACGAGUGGACGAGGGCAUUGAGGCGAUGCUUUGCUGCUGGCUGCAGCAGCUGCAGGAAUUCGGUGGUCCCGAAGUGGAUAAGCCAGAUCUGCUCAAGGGCUCCAUUGGCUCGUUAAAGAAUUUGGGUUUUGUGAUACCAGGCGCGGCGCCAGCGGGCAAUAGCGGUGGUGCCAUUGCCGCUGGUGGUGGUGCUGGUGGUGGCGCCACAACAACGGCUGUCAAUGGCAAGAGUGGCUCGUAUGCGGCAGGCAGCCUGGCGCGCCACAAGCCGGCUCACCUGGACAUGCGAGCGCGCUACAACGGUGACCUGGUCCAGCUGAAGGAGAUCCAAUUGAAUGGCUCCGCAGAGUUGCGCUCCAAGGCCAUGGAUCUGCUGGUGAUGGCACAUGGACUGCGCCACGAAAAUAUCAAUCCACUGAUUGGCUGGCUCUCGGAUCCGAAUCGCACGGCUAUGGUCUUUGACUAUUGUUCGCGGGGCUCCUUGCAGGAUGUGCUCAUCAUGGACGAGAUCAAGCUGGACUGGUCCUUCCGGCUGAGCUUACUGACAGAUCUGGUGCGUGGAAUGCGCUACUUGCAUGCCUCACCGUUGCGCGUCCAUGGCGCCCUUACAUCCAGGAAUUGUGUGGUGGACGCCAGAUGGGUUCUCAAGAUCACCGACUAUGGGGUCAGCUCCUUCUAUGAAUCGCAGGGCCUGGCACAGCUGCCACGCAGCACCAAGGAGCUGCUGUGGACGGCACCCGAGUUAUUGCGCAACAUGAAAACACCACUGCAGCCACAGCAUCAUCAUCAUCACCAUCAUCAUCAUCAGCAGCAUGGACGCAUUCAGAUGGGCACCCAGCUGGGCGACGUCUACUCCUUUGGCAUCAUCAUGCAGGAGGUGGUCGUCAGGGGCGAACCCUAUUGCAUGCUCUCCCUCUCGCCGGACGACAUCAUUGCCAAGAUCAAGAAACCACCGCCACUGAUAAGGCCCUCGGUCUCCAAAGGUGCUGCCCCACCAGAGGCCAUCAACAUUAUGCGACAGUGUUGGGCGGAACAACCAGAUAUGCGACCUGACUUUAACUCCGUUUACGAGCGCUUCAAGAUGCUCAAUCAUGGACGCAAAGUGAACUUUGUGGACACAAUGUUCCAAAUGCUGGAGAAGUACUCGAACAAUCUGGAGGAGCUAAUACGCGAGAGAACGGAUCAAUUGGAUAUUGAAAGAAAGAAGACUGAGCAGCUGCUAAAUCGCAUGUUGCCAAGCUCGGUUGCUGAGAAACUGAAAAUGGGUCUGGCUGUCGAUCCAGAGGAGUUCUCCGAUGUCACAAUCUACUUUAGCGACAUUGUUGGUUUUACAACAAUCGCCGCCCAUUGCAGUCCCGUUCAGGUUGUGGACUUGCUGAACGAUCUCUAUACGAUAUUCGAUGCCACCAUCAAUGCCUACAAUGUCUACAAGGUCGAAACGAUUGGAGAUGCUUAUAUGGUGGUCAGUGGACUGCCAGUGAAAAUACCCGAUCAUGCCGAGCAAAUAGCCACCAUGGCGUUGGAUCUGCUCCAUCAGAGUGGCCGCUUCAAUGUCAAGCAUUUGCCGGGUGUGCCGCUCCAGCUGCGCAUCGGCCUGCACACGGGUCCCUGCUGUGCCGGCGUUGUGGGUCUAACAAUGCCACGCUACUGCCUCUUUGGGGAUACCGUGAACACAGCCUCCCGAAUGGAAUCAACAGGAUCCUCGUGGCGCAUUCAUAUGUCGCAAGAGACUCGCGAUCGCUUGGAGGCCCGUGGUGGAUAUUCAAUUGAACCACGCGGACUCAUCGAUAUCAAGGGCAAGGGCAUGAUGAACACAUUUUGGCUGCUGGGCAAGAAGGGCUUCGAUAAGCCGUUGCCUGUGCCUCCACCUAUUGGGGAGUCGCAUGGGCUGGAUGAGUCGCUUAUACGCAACUCGAUAACAUUGAAGGCGCAGGCGAAUAAAUCGCGCACCAGCACAAAUCCGUCAUCAUCGCAAAGCUCAUCGCUGGCCGGUGAAUCUGUGGAGGUCAAGGUGGAAAUAACGCCGCCUGCGAAUUCGGAGAUGUGCUCGAGCCAGCUGCCAAACUCAUAUUCGCUGGACUCCAACUCCACCAAUACCAUUAGCCCCAAUGCGACGCUGUGCCCCGAGUUUCCCAACAAGACGCCGAGCAGCACUAGUCCACAAUCCCGUAAGCUAUCGGAGCUGACGCCGGAUAGUCUGCUCAAUCCGAAUAGCUUUAAUCGUUUGCCCAGCUCGACGGGCGGGUCGAGUUCGCGUCUCUACAAGAAGAUCGAGGAAAUGAUGGACCUCAGCUCGCCGUAUAAUCACUACAAAUGCCUCAGUCCCAGCGAGAGCAAUCUCACCCAGUUCUACGACGGCAAGUAUCUGUUUAGCAAUGCGGGCGGCAGCAGCGUCGCUGGUGCCAAUGGACCUGGUAGUGGUGGCUGUUCCAUCGCCGGCAGCACCUCCAAGUUUGACAGCAAGCCCGGCUCCAGCCGGCUGCUGCGUCGCCAGUUCAGCUUGGAUCGCGACGAUCAGCAGUCGAAGGUGUCGGAGCAACAGCAUCAGCUCUCGCUGCAGGCCAACAACUAUGCGGCACUAAUCAAUGCCAGCAAGAGCUCCAUGCUCGACAUACCCAUGCUGCACGACGCGUCACGCAGUCCCAAGGUCACCUUGGCCCGCAUCCACAAACAGAACUCUACCUCCAUUGCCCAGGAUCUGGAGAAGAUCGAGGAGAUACCAUUGUCGCCGGCCUCCUCGCAGCAUCACAGCAGUCUCGAUAGCAAUCUCAAUCGCAGUCCACCCUCCACACUGGAAGUCCAAUCCCCAACGCUACCAUCCACCUCCACAGCGGCACCCCUCAGCCCGCCGCUGUUGUCGGCGCCUUCCUCGCCGUCACCUUCGCGCUCCUUGAACGGCCUCAAUGCGCAUAGUCGAUGCACCAGCAGCAACAACAACAGCAACAGUAACAACAACAACAACAACAGCAGCAGCGGCAGCAGAAGCGAUAGUCCAAAUGAUGCACCAGAUAACAGCCGGCGGGGUCCAGAGAUAACGCUCAAUGUGGAGCAGCUGCUGAGCAGAUAGGGCACAGUUUAGGCCCCAGUGCCAAUUAUAUAAUAUAAACUACAGAAAUUAAAGCUUUAGGUCUGAGAAUUUUUGAGUGUUGUGAUGAUGAUGUCAAGUAAAGUACCUCGAUGCAUGCAAACUUGGUUCCAGCUGCGAAAUGAAAGUACAAUUUAGUUCAAGAUUAGUAAUGUCCAAAGAUCGAACACAAUAAUGUAUGUAUUCGAUACCGCUUUCCAAAUCUAGUCAAGUUCAAUGUGGCACUUUAACCCCUUAACGUUUGAAAUACAUUUUCCGAAUGUAGAAUACAAAAAUUCAUUGAGAAUCUAGUUAAAAUUAGCGCAAUUGAUAUUAUUCUACAACAUGAGUUCGCUUUAUAGAGAAAGUGUGUUUGCUCAAUCAUGUUCCAAAAUGAAUUAUUUUAUUUAAAAAGUGUUUUCAAUUUAUAGUAAAACAUUA